CCCUCCAAGUUCGACAGCACUUCCCCGAAAACAAGCAGAUGUCCAUUGAGAACGUGGUCCAGUCUGCACCCUGUAUGAGCGGGUAACCUUCGACAUGGCAGUGCCCCUCAGCAAUGCCAGCUCCCAGCAGUGUAUGCAGGAGAGUCAUGAGGAGAACCUCUUCUUCUCUUCCUUCUAUGGGGUGGUCUUUGUGCUGGCUUUCGUGGGCAAUAUCCUCGCCGUGUGGGUCUUCUCCUGUGACAAGAGCUCCAACACCACCACCAACAUCUACCUGAUGCACCUGGCAGUGGCCGACCUGUCCUAUGUCCUGAUCUUGCCCAUGAGGAUGGUCUACCACCUCAGCCAGAACCACUGGCCCUUCGGUGAGGUGCCCUGCCGCAUCACCGGCUUCCUCUUCUACCUGAACAUGUACGCCAGCAUCAUCUUCCUGACUGGCAUCAGCGCCGACCGCUUCCUGGCCAUCGUCUACCCGGUCAAGUCCAUGCGCAUCCGAAAGCCCCUCUACGCCAACGUGGUCUGCAUCGCCUUGUGGGUGGUCAUCGUGGUGGGUGUGGCGCCCAUGCUGGGGGCACCACAAACCCUCCAGGUGGGCAAUGCCACCACCACCAAGUGCCUCCAGCUUUACAGGGAGAAGACCUCCAGCGUCGCCCUGGUGCCCCUGACGGUGGGCUUCGUGGUGCCCUUUGUGAUCACGGUGACCUGCUACUUGCUGAUCAUCCGCAGCCUCCGCAGGGGUAACCGCAUCGAGAGGCACCUCAAGGACAAGGCCAUCAAGAUGAUCAUCCUGGUGCUCACCAUCUUCCUCAUCUGUUUCGUGCCCUACCACAUCAACCGGUACAUCUACAUCCUGUUUGCCGGCACCACCCGCUCCAGCUGCCGGGACAGGAAACUGAUCGCUCUCAGUAACCGCAUCACUUCCUGCCUGACCAGCCUCAACAGCUGCCUCGAUCCCGUUGUCUAUUUCUUUGUGGGGGAGAAGUUCCGCGAGCGGUUCUGUCACUUUGUCUGCGGCCACAGGAAGCGAGCGCAGACUCUCAGUCAUGAGACCAAAACCAACGAGAGCUCGCUCAGCUGUAAGUCUGAGCUGUAAUCUCAUUGGGAACCAGCCAACCACUCCAUCAUUUCACUACAACUCAUUGCUCUAUAGGAGCUGGUCCAUGUGACUGAGUGUGAGCGUGUGAGGGUGUCUGUGUAUGGGUUGUAUGUGAGUCAGUGUGAAAAUGGAUGUGAGUGUGUGAUAAUGAGUGUCUGGGUGAGUGUGUCACUAGGUGUGUAUGUGAUAAUGAGGUCUGGGUGAA